GCAGCGACACUUAAUUUUUAUUUUUAUUUUGAUGUGCACACAGGAUCAGCAGAAGAAUAGCAGAAAAUCAGCAUUUAUGCAUCAUUCGUUGGAUGAUAUCACUAGGGCUUUAUUUGCAAAUCUCAGAGGGGGCGUAAAUGAAGAGGAUGAGCUUAUGAGUGCCGCGCAUACCUGUCCUUUAUGUGAAUCUCAGUUAGUUCCUUGGUUUCUCGGUUAUUUUGAAGAAUCUGGUCAGCAAUAUGAGCGUAUUUUGUGGACGUGCCCUAAGCAAGAGACUAGACAAUGCUAUUUCCCAAUGAAUAUACUUCCUUUGGAGGUUUUUUGGAUUCGACGUUCGCUUGAACAAAUGGCCAAAGGAAUUAUUCCUUUGCCGAAUCUUCACCUAUUGCCAAAGAAAUAUCACUACCUUUAUCCAAAAUUGCUUCCAACAGGGAAAAGAAAUAACAAACAAAAACCAGAAAUGAGAUUAGAUAUAACACCACAUUCGACUUCUCAUUUGCUAAGAAUUUCGAAUUCGAUUACCAGUGAGACUUCUAUUGGAACAUUACUCAAGGAUCUUCACAAGUCGCAGCAGAAGGCAAGUACUAGUAGCGAUGCUUCUUCUUUGGUAGCCCAGGCUCCAAUGGAUAAGUGUCGAAAACUUGUGGAUUUAAAUCCGAAUACUUCAACAGCUCUGGUUGUUCAUUUUUUACCCAAGUAUCAUCCUUUGCUGUUUGUUCAGAAAACGCACAAACUAUUGAGCGAUGAGAACUUUGGACUUGACACUCAAUAUGUUCAGAAUAAUACUGCUAUACAGCAUCACAGGUAUAUUGUAAAUGUUCCAUUCGCUUCAACACAAACCUCGCAAUCGGAAGCCGUAAAUCAACAAUUAAGUCACUCAUUGGAGCUUAGACGAUUUUGUCAACGAACUGGUGUGAUAAAUGAAGGUAGCAAUACUUGUAAUAACAACCAAAACAAUGAAACUAUUGAAAAAGAGGUGAAACAAAGUGAGACAAGAUACCUUUCUUUAAUUAAAAAUCCGUCACCAGUAAAAUUGCCAUCUUUAAUACCAACACCUUCGAGUGUAUUGGUUGAGAAGAAUCGAAAACUAAAGAAUCAGAGACGAUUGGAACGUUUGAAUUCUAGGGAAAACGAACGAGCGCGGUCAUUGUCGGCGAGAUUUGGGAUUACCCCGAAAUCAAGUAAAUCAAAAAGUGCCGAAAAUAAACGUUUCGAACUUCAUGAAGGAAUUCUUCCACAAUGCAGCACUUUGAUUCAAUCACAUCACCCUGUUGAUGAAGACUUUGCACUUUUUGAUUCUUCUUGUCCAGUUACAACAUAUUCAUCAAUUAGCAGCAGUAGCAUUGACUGUGCCGAAUCUUUAGCUACUAAAAAUUCAGACGAGGCUCGAAGACGAAGAGAAGUUCGGAAAGCUGCACGUGCCCAACUACCUAAAUCUUUACUUGAAGAACAGCGUCGAAAAGAAGAAGAACGGUUAGUUUCUAUUCAAACAGAAGAUAAUGUACGACGAAAAAUGGAACUUUUGUUGGCGACUGCACUUUCACGAAAUAAGACAAAAUCGGAGACAAAAACAAAAAUAACUACUUGUGAACAAAACGUGCCGAAGAUUACCGCUAUAGAAAUGAGUAAUUUUGACAAUAAUCACAUGGAGCUCUCAGGAAUUCCGCACGAUUUUCAUCAAGAUCAAAUGACUUCAACAAGUACAGUCAUAUCUUCUUAUCGCCAGAAACCGUCAUCUGAAUUGACACCAAUAAACUACGAAAAUGAGGGACAGAAUGUUGAUAAAUUUGACGUUUAUGAUAGGUGUGGAACAGUUAUGGAUAUUGGUAACGAUGAUGAAUUUGAUUUUGGAUUUGGAUUGGAGAAUGAAUUCAUCAAUGGAGGAAGUAAUAUUGGAGAUGGAGAUACUUUGAUGCAUAUGAAUGAUGAUACUUCACUUUUAGAAGAAUUGAGUAAUAGAUAA